AUGGAUCGUCACGUUCCCAUGCACGCAUUACCUGAAGAAAUCCAAAAGAUGCCCCCUGAAGAAAAGGUUUGUAAAUACUGUGGAGUCAGCUAUCUAAUUCUUCAUGAAUUUAAAGCUAUGGAAGAAAAAGUGAAAGCGAUGGAAAAAGAGAUGAAAUUUUAUCAAGGAAGUGUAGAACGUGAAAAGAAACUUCAAGAAAAGCUACAUUCUCUUAGCCAAGAUUUUGAACAAUACAAAAUUGACAAUGACUCCAAAGCAGAAAGAAUCCAAGCUGGAAGCAUACAGUUAAAAAAUCAGCAAAAUGAAAUUCAGAGAUUACAGAAAGAAUUGAAUCAUUUACAAUAUGAGUUAGAAAUUAAACAAAGACAAUCACAGGUCCUCAGUCAAAGAUUGUUGGAAUACAGAUAUUUUUGGAAUAAGACACUCUCAUUACUUACUUUUACUAAAAGGGAAAUAACCAGCAUUAAAAAUGAAGUAUAUGACCAUUUUCAAAACUGGACUUCACUGAAAGGAGAAGUUUUUCUUCAAAUUAAAUACAUAAGUGAAACAGCCUUGACAGAAAUAGAGAUACUGAAUAAAAGUCUGGCAGUGGCCCACAGAAAUAAGGUAUGCCUAGAAGAGGAAAUGAAAAGCCUCAAGUUGCUGUCAGAUGCAGCCAUUCUGAGGUCUCAGCAGAUUGAGACCGCUAAACAACAGGAAGUGAACCUGCAAACCAGAUGCCAUGACUUACAAAAAGAUAUCCUAGAUUUGCAAGGUCAAGUAGAGGGACUCGGGCUAAAACUUCAGAAGGCAGUGACCGAGCUGGACGGCUAUAAAGAAAAGUUCAUGAAAAAGUCUAAUGAAGCUGAUGAAUGUCAAAGAGAACUUAGAAAACUGAAGUUUGAAUCCACUAUUUCUGAAUCAAGGCAUACUAGAUUGCUUAAAGAGAAAGAAGACUCUUUAAUAGCUUGUCAACAACUACAUAAAACUUUACAGGAAGAACUGACUGCAAAAGGAAGGCAAGAAGAAGAUAUAAAAAGGAGUAUUAACCUUGCAGAAAAUGAACUGGAGACAACCAAAACUCUUCUGAAUCAGACAAAGGAAGAGGUUAUAACACUGAAAAAUGAAAGGGAACUGAUGCUGAUUUCACAUCAGAAGAGCAUCGAGCAGCUGCAGGAGGCCCUUCGACAGAAGCGGCUGGAUGAUGCUAACUGGAGGGGAAAGAUUGAAGCUGAAUUCGCCAAGGAAAGAGCUCAACAUUUAGUUGAAUUUGAAGAGCAAGCUCUUCUCUUUAAGGAAGAAGCUAAACUGGAACUUGAUAUUGAAAGGGAAAAACACCAAGAAAUAAUCCAAAAGUAUAAGAAAGAACAAGAGGAGCUACAAAUGAAGAUAUCAGACUUAAUCGCAGACGCUACUAGAGAUCUAAGGCUAGAAGUGGCCACUCUCGAAAAAAAGCUCCAUGAAUCUUGUAUCCAAUAUACUGAAGAAUCUGAGUCGAAGGAGAAGGAAAUUGAAAACCUUAAAAAUCUGGUUGCAGAUUUUGAGUCUCGCUUGAAGAAGGAAAUUGACCAGAGUGACUUGGCUUCAGAGGACUUGAGGAAGGAAAUGAAACAGAAGUCCGAUGAACUGGAGAGAGUGUUGCUGGAACAGACGCAGCUGACACAGCAGUUUCAGCAGUCCCAGCAAGAGAACACUCUUCUUCAGGAAACCGUGCGGAGAGAGUGUGAAGAACGCUUUGAACUGACGGAGGCGUUGAGUCAGGCCCGAGAACAGCUCCUGGAGCUCAGGAGGCUCAGUGGGAGUUUACCGGUGACCCCGCGGUUCCUGAGCCCCGGCAGCCUGGCCGCCUCCGCCGCCGGUCAUCAGGGAGAGAAAAGCCUUGCAAAACCCAACUCUGAAAGGGGCACCAAAAUCCCAGGCCUGCACAUGGUGCCCAAACCCACCCCUUCUCCAACCUCAGCCCAGGCCAAGAGAGCAAACAGCUCAGGUCUGCCCAGUCUCCUCCAGCCGCAUCCUCCCCGGGGCCAGGUAUCUUCAGUGAAUGACACCAGACGGAGACUGGCCGCCCUGCUGCGGAGGAGACUGAACCAGCGGUGA